AUGGCCAGCCAAUCAGGUCAUCAGACCUUGUCAACCAAUUGGAUACGUCAUCGAACACCACAUCUAUCAAGCUUGCGAACAACGACAAACGCACCUCAUCGUUCUGGACCUCGCAGUCGGGCUUCAGAGUGUGCACGUCACAUCCACGAAAGACGUGUUCCGCAAGUGCAUAUUGACCAAGUCGUGCGUCGUUCAGCGUCUCUGCCAUCCCUACCUAUUCGCACCCGGCCAGUACGGUGCGCGGAAGCCAUUGUCGCUAACCCAUCACUGCCCCAUACCUCAACAGCUGAACCACGGGUUGGCAGUGAAGACCCCAAAAAGAAUUUGGAUGUAUUCUGGACUGUGUAUAAAACACUUGUCGCCAAGACACAGGUGCAAUUCAACGAAAAAUCCGGCCCAGACCUAGGCAACCUUAGAAAUUACCAUUACGCAGUAGCGAGCUCGACGACACGACGAAGAAGGGCCCACACCCACGCCAAUACGAGAGUGUCGUUCGUCGUGGGAAAACGCUUGGUACAGCUUGUAAACCGGAACCCGUCAGGCCCAGAAAGUGCACUACAGCCACGCUGGGUGUUUGUUUCAGGCGUUCAACCCGGAUUCUCGAUGAGUCGAGGAGCACUCCACACGUAUUUCAAGGCCGCUGCGCCCAAGAAACCAAAAUAUGAAGCUAGUCUAGAGAAAUCCUGCCACUUCUCGUAUCCCUUCGCGAUCCCACACUUACCAGUAUCGUUUGUAGACGCACUAGGAUUCGCGCCAGAGCAAGAAGGAAGAAACAUAAACGACCAGUCGGAUCUCGAUUUAGUGUACUAUCAGCCCUAUAUUCCCGCAUCAAUCGCAUCAGGCGUCUUCGAGUUCCUCCGUGACCAGCUUCCUUUCUACCGCGUGCAAUACAACGUCAAUCGUGGCGGUCACCAAAUACAAAUCGACACUCCACGCUACACCACCGUCUUCGGUAUUGACGAAACCAGUCGCUUUACUCCCGAAGGCGAUCUCGUCGAUGCCAAAACCGGAAAACAAGUCGAGGCCUACCGCUACAGAUACAAACCCAGACCUAUUCCACAAUGCCUUGACUUGCUUCGCACAAUCACCGAAGGCACCACGGGCGAAACAUUCAACUUCUGUCUCGUAAAUUACUACGCCGAUGGCCAAGACAGCAUAUCCUAUCACAGCGACGAUGAGCGUUUCCUCGGUAUGGAGCCAGCCAUUGCUUCAUUUUCGCUCGGCGCAAAGCGUGACUUCUUUAUGAAGCACAAGCCCAUCUCAGCCAUAGCAGGAGAGCAUGUGGCCCAGCCAAAGGCCAUCAAACUGUUGCUGGGCCCUGGAGACAUGAUCCUGAUGCGUGGACGAACGCAAGCGAACUGGCUGCACAGUAUUCCGAAGCGUGCAGGUACUGACGCAAACAAGGGGAGGAUCAAUAUUACAUUCAGAAAGGCGAUGGUGAAGGCGGGAACAGAUAAUUAUUAUAAUUAUAACGUUGGAUCUGGGAAAGUGUACAAGUGGAAUGUGGUGGAGCAGAAGAUGGCACAGUGGGAGCAGCCUGUGGAGGGUAGCGACAGUGGUACAGGUCAAGCUGUCGCCUCCGGUUCUGGGCAGGCGAACGGGCAGUGA